UUGCAUAUUUUACACAAACACACACGUAUAUAAAAAGAUUUCAUAUACGUACUCACACAAAGGCACAAUACGAACACAAGCACCAAGAAUCAUUAUUUAAAUCAAAAAAAAAGAUCAAUUUUCCUUUCUUUCUUUGUUUCUGGAGCUUGAUAGCUUGAUAGCUAAAUAUCAUAUAUUCAGACGAAUGCCAUCUAUUAUGACAGAAAACGCCUUGACAACAAUAAUAGCCCCAAUUGUUCCAAACAUAGCCACCGGCCCGAAGAAAAUUCUUGUUGAAAAUAUGACCAAUACCACUGACUCGGUGUGUGUGGUCUCCCAAG